AUGAUCUCCGAGCAUUGGAGUUUCACGCGCGACUCCGACAUUCCCAAUCCCGACGCGGACGAACGCGUCAUGACAAAGGCGUGGGUCGAGCGCGGAUUAUCACUCCCUUGCUCGGAGUUCUACCUCUCCGUCUUCGACACGAAUCCGAACCCUACCACCGCGCGGACCAAUGUUCAGGAGCAUAUCACUAAGUAUAUGCAGAAGAAAUCUCCCGCCGUUGGUCCUUUGACGCCAGUUCCGCCAAGCGCUCCACAAGCCCCCCUGCAGCCUUCUCCUCCUCCCGCGGAUCAGUCUCCGACUCCUGCCGCACCCACUCCACCAGAAGUAAUUCCGGUUAGCAGCGACAGAGUGAGCGGAGAUGGUUCCGGCGGCAAGGGUCCCAUCAAUGACGAAACUGAAGGACAAAAGCAGGGGGAUGCAGAAGUUAAUUCAUCUGGCAAAGCUGAAGCCACCAUUGACGUUGAUACGUCGGAGAUCCAGGACGCCAAGAAAAACAUUGGCGCAUUCUUCGACAAGCUUGUUUGCAAGCAAAAGGAACAAAAAGCCCUGCAUUACGAGUUGCACAAAAACAUUGCGCUGCAGCGUCGUGUGACCAUCAGCCAGGCGGAGAAAAUCCAGCACUUUCAAGCGGAGAAUGCGGCUCUGAAGAAACAACUUUCAGAAGCUCAAGCUUCCUCCGAGUUGGAGACUCUACGUGCUGCACACAAGAAUCUCGAAGCAAAACUCGCAGUGGCAGAACAGAAACUUUCUGAGAAGAACUCGGAGCUUAUCCGGAAAACUGGUGAGUUUGAGCUGAAAAGACAAACUGACAGCGACAUCAUCCAAAAGCAGCAAAAGGAAAUUGGAGGUCUUUGCAAGUAUAUGGAAACAGCAGAGAGCUCCUGGGACCUGCUCAACUCUGACGUCAUGGAUCCACUCGGAUAUGACGAGGAACGUCGGAGUCAGUUCCCGCGCGAUGACCUGCUCCAGCUGGCCGGAGAAGACUGCAAGGAUCUCAUCUCCGCCUCCAGGAAAAUCUGCCACAACCUCAACAUUAAGAAGAGCCGAGUCUGCGAUGUGCGCAAGCUCAUUAAGAGGAUGGAUGUGCUUCCGGAGCUGGUUGUGGACCUGCAAUCCUCUUCAGCACGGGGUGCAGCUGCCAUGUCCUUGGCUAUGUGCUUAGCGCAUAAUCCAAGUUUAAGCCUGGACCUGGUGACUUCUGGCGUUCCUCCGGAAUGUAAUGUCAAUGCGCUACUUGACGCGGUUAGCGGCUAUGAUACACGCAUUGCGCGGAGGAUCCGCCAUGAUGAAUUUUAUGAGAAGGUGGUUCUUCCUGCUGACGAACCUCUCGAAGCUGAGCAUUUGGAGGAUCGCGAAGCGGAAAACAGACCCGCCCAAUCCGGAAGCCAGUAUACAUGGACAAGCUCAAAGGACCAAGGAGGCGCUGCUUCUCCGACUGCAGCUGAAGUGGAAGAGGAUGAAGAUGUCUCUUCGCCUGACAAGUACGCAGAGAAAGAAACUCCGACUGACGCAGAGGAAGAUGAUGCCAACGUGGAAACUUCUCCGGUUAAGGAGAAGUAA